AUGACUCUUCAGANCCAUCGAAAAAAACUACUGAGAAUACAAGAAACUGCUGCUUUUAAGAUUAGAAUACAAGAAACUACUGCUUGUGAGAUAAGAAUCCAAGAAACUACUGCUUGUGAGAUUAUAAUCCAAGAAACUACUGCUUGUGAGAUUAGAAUACAAGAAACUGCUGCUUUUAAGAUUAGAAUACAAGAAACUACUGCUUGUGAGAUUAGAAUCCAAGAAACUACUGCUUGUGAGAUUAGAAUUCAAGAAACUACUGCUUUUGAGAUUAUAAUCCAAGAAACUACUGCUUGUGAGAUUAGAAUCCAAGAAACUGCUGCUUGUGAAAUUAGAAUUCAAGAAACUACUGCUUGUGAGAUUAGAAUUCAAGAAACUACUGCUUGUGAGAUUAUAAUUCAAGAAACUGCUGCUUCUGAGAUUAGAAUCCAAAAAACUACUGCUUAUGAAAUUAUAAUCCAAGAAACUACUGCUUGUGAGAUUAGAAUCCAAGAAACUACUGCUUGUGAGAUUAGUAUUCAAGAAACUACUGCGUGUGAGAUUAGAAUCCAAGAAACUGCUACUUGUAAGAUUAGAAUCCAAGAAACUACUGCUUCUGAGAUUAGAAUCCAAGAAACUACUGCUUGCGAGAUUAGAAUCCAAGAAACGACUGCUUGUGAAAUUAGAAUCCAAGAAAUGAUCAGAAUAAUGAAAGGAAUCUCUCGAGAAUGA